AUGUCUACUCCAAUUCCAGCAACUUAUUCAGACAUUGGCAAAUCUGCUAGUGAUCUAUUUGGCAAGGACUUUCCAGUCGGUGCAUUUAAGCUCGAAGCUAAAAAUACUGCACCCAAUGGUGUGUCUUUCACUCUUAUUGGGCAAAAAGAAACCAAGAAUGGUACUAUUAAUGGAGAACUUAAAUCUAAAUAUUAUUAUCCAAAAAGAGGUGGAACGUUCACAGGAAGUUGGACUACAAGUAACCAAUUAAAUGGUCAAUUCGAACUUGAAAAUAGUCUUGCAAAAGGUCUUAAGUUGGAUUUGCUUACUAGUAUUCAACCAUCAACUGGAAACAGGAACGUUAGGGGAGGUUUCGCUUUUAAACAGCCGGGUCUUCAUACAAAACUUUAUGUUGAUGCUCUUAAAGGACCUAUCUUCCAAGGAGAUAUCGUUGUCGGUCAUGAAGGUUUCCUCGUUGGGGCUGAGGGUUCUUAUGAUGUUAUGGAUGGAAAACUUACUCGUUAUGGUGUCGCGGCGGGUUAUACUCAUCCAGAGUAUAACGUUGCCCUUCGCGUAACUAAUUCCAUGUCCGCUUAUACUCUUUUAUAUUAUCAUCGUGUAAGCUCUGAAAUUGAAGCUGGAGCCAAAGCUCAUUGGGACAGUCAUUCGAAUAAUAAUACUUCGGUUAAUUUGGAAUUUGGUGCUAAAUAUUUCUUGGAUCGCGAUGCCUUUGGCAAAGUCGAUAGUAGUGGUAGGGUCGGUAUUGGAUAUACACAAGCUCUCCGUCCUGGCGUUAAAAUUUCUUUUGGUGGUAGCAUCGACACAUCUCGUUUGCAUGAGAAUGCACAUCGUUUCGGCAUUUCUAUCAAUUUAGAAUCUUAA